GAUUCUUGCCUGUGAACUCCACCCUUGGCCUUUGACACAAACACACACAUACACACACACUCACUUCCAGGAGAUGUUCAUGCUUGCAAGAAGUAUUUAAAGGAGUGUGCCAAGCAUAUUGGAACUAGAAGUUACUUUGACAAUACAGUGCUGCAACAUCAGCGCUAGUCGCACGGAGAAAUCAAUCUAUCAAGCUUACUGAUUUCUUAGCAUUACUAAGCUCAUAGCACAGAGCAAUUGUCACUUCACACCAGGGCGAGAAGACGCAGGAACUGUUCCGUCACAUAGCAGAAAUAUUUUGUGUUGUUUUUAUUUUUAUCCAAUCAACAUGCUUCAUCAGGGAGAAAAAAGGCUUCAUUAAUCACCGGUGUUCACUAUGUAAAAUUAUUCUUGCUGCCGAGUUUAGACCAGAUUUGCUGCAAGUGUUUGAAACCAAUCUUUUUGGUGCAAAUUAAACUGGCUACAGGAGCGGUCGUGAAGUAGGUAUUCUUUUCCCAGCCAGAACUAUGACGGCAGGAGAUCUGGUUAAGAGGAGUGCGCAGCAUGUUAACACUAAGUGGAAGUAAAGAUUCUGACAGUGCAAGGACAUAGGAAGGCAAUAUCUUUUAUUAAAAAGCUUUUGUAGUGUAGUUUCUAUCUCCUGCCUGGUGGAUGGAGAUGAACCAGUGCUGUUGGAUUAAGCAGCAGUAAUCUAGGCUACAGUCCAGAUUACAGUUCAACUGACAAAGAACAGCUCUUUCAAUACCCAAUAAUGACAUCAAUCAGAAAAUGAUGUUGAUUCCAUCAGUAACUGCCGACAACAGUACCUCGGAACAAUUUGCCAAUUUCUCAUCCAUUUUUCUCGAAUCAAAGAACAGCACAUGGGUGCAGAGGUACAAUGGGGUGCCCCUGGUGCUUGUUUCCAUCUGUUUCUUUGCCAUGAUCCUGUGGACAGUGGUGGGGAACAUCUUGGUUUGGGCUGCCCUCUGCAGGUACACCUCACUGAGGAACAUUAACAAUUACCUCAUUGGUAACUUGGCAGUGAGUGAUUUCCUCUUGGCUGUGACAGUGCUACCAUUCUCUGCAGUCUAUGACAUGCUGGGACACUGGGUAUUUGGGAAAGUCAUGUGUAUCACCUGGCUCUCUGUGGAUGUCCUCAUCUGUACUGCCUCCAUAUGGGGACUGUGUGUCAUAGCAGUGGAUCGGUUCACAGCAACAGUCUACCCUGUGUGGUACAGAGAGCGCCAAUCAGUUAACAGAGCAGCUGCCUACAUUGCCUUUGUGUGGAUUUUUUCCAUUGCUAUUUCUGUGCCACCGUUCUUUAUGUGGGAUGACAUGCAAAACAAUGACUUUUUGGACUAUGACCAGAACGGCAAGCUACAGUGCAUUUUGUUCAGAGAUCAUGGUUAUGUCAUGUACUCUGCAUCAGGAUCAUUUCUUAUUCCAUUUAUCCUCAUGUUGUUAAUUUACAUCAAGAUAUUCUUUGAGUUACAAAAACGGGCACGCAAACUAAGACGCGCAAGAAUGGUGCAUAAUCGUGCAGCGAGCAAACGCAGCUCGUGCACUCCAUCUGCAAAGAGCAUCCCCAGUAUUGAGCUGGAACCGGCCACGCAGGACCUCCAUACUCAAGCAGAUAGCUCCAAUAUGACAUCAGGAGACUCCUCAAGUAUUGGAAGCAAUGAGAGCACACCACCACCUAGUCCAAGUGAUACUGUGGAGUCGCCAGCCUCUCCAGCCUUCUCUACCGACACCAAUAACUUCUCUGCCUUCACUGACAGUAAAUCUGACGGCACGGGGAAUAAUAAUCAUGGAGGACUGCUCGUUAUACCAGCAAAGGACAUGUUACGUCCCGUGAUAAAACGCAGUCCAUCUCCAGACAGGAAACUGUGUAGUAAAGGAUCAACACUGGGCUCUAUCCAGGAGGAACACUCACAGACUAAAUCUGCUGACUCAGCAUUUUUUGAUUUGAGUCAUGUAGAGAUUUCUAAUUCAGAAUUUUCCACCACUCAGUGUAAUACUGAGAUGACGUAUGCUGAGAGUGGUGGCUCACCAAGCUCCCUGUCUAAGAAAACAAGAGGCAGGACUGAUUCCCUGGCCUCACAGACAAAUGGUAGUAUGGAGAAACAGAAAAAAUCAGAAAGAAAAGUUAGUUUAAAUUUGCCACAGAAACCAAAACCAAUUAAAGGAUCAAAAUCAAACGGACAUACACCUGUUGGAAAAAGGCACAGGUCAAAGUUAAGAGCAAAUAAACUGAAAUCUUCCUUAAAUUCCUCUACAUUAGUAUCUCACCAGCAACGUCGCUUUGAGUAUCGCGAGAUGCGAGCUACGAAGCGCAUGGCAUUGAUCGUAGCCUGCUUUAUCGUAUGCUGGCUCCCAUUCUUUGCCAUGUAUAUUACCCGCAGUUGGUGCAAAGACUGCAAUAUUGAUGUGAACUUGCAGACAUUUCUCAUUUGGCUGGGCUAUGCCAACUCUGCACUGAACCCUAUACUGUAUACCCUUUUCAACAAAGACUUCAGGAGAGCAUUUCAACACAUAAUUUGCUGCACAAAGGCAGGACCACAUCAACGCAGGAGGUGACACUAUGGAAAUAUUGUGUAAUAAUUUAAUGUAGACAAUGUGCAAUACCAUUAUGGAUUACAGCAGUCGCAACAACUUUAUGUCAAGAUAUAUAUUUCUUCAACUUAACUGCUUCAAUAAAAGGAAAGAUGUAUCCUCCUGUUUUUCAUGAUCUCUUUAAGGUCUUUAUAUUUAAAUGUUUUGCUUGGUGAUGACUGUUUCGGAAAAAAGCCAUAAGACAUCCUUACAGUUUAUGGUAAUGCAAUGUGAAGGAUUACUGGGUUGAAAAAUUUAACCUCGGUCAUUUGAGAAAUGCCAAAGACAUAAAUGUUCUAUCAUUUGACUGUUUAUCACAAAGGAACUGAAUUUUUAGCCAGGGCAAUGACAUCCAUAGGAGACAUAGUAGCCCUGGCAAAGUAAUAUGGCAGACAAUUCUUUAAUACUAUUGUUGCAGAGCUUCUAUUUCGUAUGAUACGUCAACCAGUAAAAAAAAAUCAGAUACUUCUAUCUCAUAGUUUCCUGUGAAAGAAACCUGUCAUGGUGAAAUCAAUUUACCUCCCUUUCCGUCUUGCAAUGCCCAUGGUGCGAUUUAACCCCCCAUAAAUUACAGCCAUCUUCUGUCAGUUCGUUCAUAGUGCAAUCAGAUGUCCUAUUAUAAAGACCUCAAUCAUGCUGAUCAAAGGAAGAAUCAUUACAGCAAAUGGUUUCUGCUAGCUGCAGAUUUGCCAUCAUAAAUUGCCCAAGUGUUUCAAUCACACUUCCUGAGCCUUCUCAAACAUUAACAUCUCAGUACUUCUCUUUAUUCUUAGUUGCUCCUAACCCUCUUGCUAUUUAGGAUACUGACAUGCAUUUAUGUGGAACUGUAAUCCACAGAAAAAAAAACAACAAACAAAUAAACAAACAGGAACUGUAGCACUUUUAAAAGGUUCUGUUGUGAUAUACCAUACCCAAGUGAAAAAUAUUCAAAAAUAUCAACAAUUUUCAUUGCGUUCUGUAAUCAUGUUCUGCUGCUGCUGCAGCUUGCUAU